CGAGGAUGUUGAAGGUAUGAUUUCAUUAAAAACGGACAUUGCAACGAAAAUGCAUCGCAGCGUUAUGGGUAUCAAUUACCAGAAGAUUGGAGUAGAUGGAACGUUUCAAAAACGUACUCUAGCUGUACUUGAAUUGAAUACAAGGCACACCGCUGUAAAUCUGAAAGAAGAACUUUACAAAGUUCUUGCGGAAUAUGGUAUUGACUUGAAACAAAUCUACAGCAUCACGAUAGUUAAUGGGCGAAAAAUGGUAAAAAUGACACAAUUGAUCGAGAAGGAUACGCUUGAGGACGACAUGGAUGACGACGGCGACGAUGAUAUUCGAACUUCAACUGACGAUGGCAGCUCAGAUGACGGCGCCAUAAAAGGACUUUUAGAUGAUUUGGAAGACGCUAUCAGGAACCAAGCGGUUGGAAUUCGAUGUGGAGCUCACACCACUCAGCUCGUCGUUUCUGAUGCAUGUAAAGCACAUCAUUCGGAGAUAUCUGCUAUCACUAAGGUUGUCACCGCAAUGCGAAAUACACGAUAUAAAACAUUUUUCGAUUUAUCGUCUGCAAAAUUUCCACCUAUUCCUACACCAACGCGUUGGGGAUCCCAGUACUCGAUGAUGCUACGCCUUGCUGAGCAGAAGGACAUCUUUGUAAAACUCGGCGAUGAAUUUGAAGAACUGAAUUUGGAUGAGCUGUGGAAUUUCGUUGAUUCUUAUGUAGAGGCAUUCAAACCAUUGAAUGACUGCACUGUAGCAAUCCAGCGAUAGGAUUGUACUCUUAGUGU